CGGCGACAGAUAACAUGAUUAUUUUCCGGUUCUUUUAAAGAUGUUAGAAAUAAAAUCUUCUGAAUAAAUUGAACUUGAAAUUAGUUUUGAUUGGAACAUUCACAGUGUAACUUCGUAUUAUUGUGUGUAGUAACUAGUAGGCUCAGGACGUCAUAAUCAUGCCGGUGGUCGACCAUUUCGAAUGUUCUCGUUGUCAAGAACAUGUUCCAGCUGAUAAAUAUCAGACAGUAUGCCCAACAUGUGCAGGUGCACUUUACGUUCGGUACGACGUUGGCAGUCUAAAAUUGGCCAAUCGCCCAGGUCCUAAUGCUCCUCAGAGUAUGUGGCGUUAUGCUGAUGUAUUGCCAAAAGUUGAUCCAGUCACCCUCGGUGAAGGUUGGACUCCUAUGCUGCGUAGUCGUAGAUAUCCUAUUUUUAUAAAGGAGGAAGCAACGAAUCCAACAGGCAGCUUUAAAGCGCGUGGCAUGUCUAUGGCUGUGUCUAUGGCUCGGUUUUAUGGAAUUCAGAAAUUGUCCGCUCCAUCCGCUGGAAAUGCGGCAGGGGCACUAGCGGCAUAUUCCGCAUCUGCUGGAAUCGAGGCCAAUAUAUUUAUGCCGAAGGAUGUACCUUUUGCAAAUUACCUCGAAGGAAUUGUGUAUGGUUCAAAUGUUACUCUUGUUGAUGGCCUGAUUUCGGACUGUGCGCGUAUUAUGAACGAGAGGAAAGAGAAAGAAGGAUGGUUCGAUAUUAGUACACUGAAAGAACCAUUCCGAGUUGAGGGUAAAAAAACUAUGGGCUACGAAGUUGUAGAACAAUUAGGUUGGUCAUAUCCUGAUGCCAUUUUCUAUCCAACUGGGGGAGGCGUUGGUUUAAUAGGGAUGUGGAAGGCUUUCGAUGAAAUGGAGCAAUUGGGAUGGGUCAGCGGCAAACGGCCAAAAAUGAUUGCUGUACAAUCAUCUGGAUGUGCUCCGAUUGUUCGCGCCUGGAAAGAAGGAGCUAGCGUUUCGCAAAUGUUUGAAAAUGCAGAAACAUUCGCCGCAGGUCUUCGGGUGCCGAAGCCGUACGGUGAUUAUAUUGUUUUGGACAUUGUUCGCAAAUCAGAAGGAACAUGCGUUGAUUUGUCGGAAGAGGCUAUCCUAGCAUCGCUUCUCGAUUGGUCACGUAAUGAAGGACUUUUGCUUUGUCCUGAAGGGGCAGCUGCUACCGCUGCAUAUGAUCAACUCAUAGCUGAAGGAUUUUUGAAAACUACCGAUUCGGUUGUCAUUUUUAACACUGGCGCCGGUCUUAAGUAUACCGAUAUGAUUGCUGAUGCUAUGAAAGUUUGUCGUCCAAAAUAAAUUCCUUUUUUUAAUUCAA